AUGGCGUUAAGUAUUGCUGGACAGACCGCAGCUCCUCAAAUGUGUAUGAAGUGGUUGAGCUUGAUUGUUGAUAUACAAUCAAUUUGCCCACACACCAGUGUGCAUGUAGGAAGGAUACAAUGCAAACAUGUUGUAUGUGUUUUAGAUGACAAUCAAGAGGACCCUAUGCUAUAUGUGGCCGAAUAUUACUACACUCAUGUCUUGAAGAACACAUAUAAAGACAACAUCAAACCUAUCAAUGGUGAGAGGCUGUGGAUUCAGACUAACAAGCCUCUAAUGGGAAUACCUGAUCUACGAAAGUCGCGAGAAUGCAGGAAAAGCAACAAGACAUGGCAGGCUACCACAUUUGAACCGGUUGUUGUUGAGGGACCAAAGAACAAGCGUGGUAGACCUUAUAAGCAUCCAGCUGAGGUUAAUCCAAAUCCGGAGCCUCCACCAAAGCCAAGGAAAAAAUGCUUAGCUCAAACAAACUCCCAACCUGCUCCUGCAACAAGCUCCCAAGCUGAGCCUAAAUUAUUUCAAGUGCUCCUCUGCCAUCAUCAAGUCAACCACCAAAGCAACAUGCAAAAAAGUAACAUCCCACAAGGUGUUCGAACGCUUUCGAGUCCAUUCACCGACAGAGUUUUCGAGGUGUUUGGAAACCGUUUUUAUAAUAGAUUUACUUCAAACUCACAACCUCCCGAAGAUUUAAACUCUCAAUCACAAUGUCAACAAAACAACAAUGUCAACCAAACAACAUUCACUCGUACAUAA